UACAUCAAGUCGAAAAACUCCGUAAGGAAGAUACACACACCGUUUGGAUCCCCGGAAAAGAGGGACACACCGGAGCGGACAGACUGGGCCGGCCGUGAGUAAAUAAAUGGAAUAAAUCCGUGUACGCAUUGAUUGGAAUGUCGGACGUGUUAAAGUCUAAAAGGAAAUCAUAACGGCGAUGCACACAUUGGAGGAGGAUUGUAAAUACCUGUGGAUCGUCUGUGAAAAGACUGUGAUUGAAUUUGUUUGUGCAACAAAGGAAGCCAGUAGGCGUGCUCUGUGAGACUCAUUAAAGGAGCGCAACGUCUUUCACGCACGGCCUAAAAAACAAACAAAUAAAUAAUGUCGGACGAUCCCAGGACUUCUGCUGACGCAGAAACAUUGUUAAAAUCACUCAAAGCCUCCCACAGUGGGAAAUUAGGAGCAUGCACAAGGAAAAUGAACGAAAUGAAGGCCUUGCUUGUGGAGGAUGGGAAUGUGGAACAUGUGAAUGAAGCUUUGGAAAUGUUCAAACUAAAUAUAAAUGACUUGUGCAGUGUUCAUGGAUCCGUACAGCAGCUUUUAUCAGAGGAAGAGAGAGAGGAGGAUCAUGUGGACUGGUUUGAGCCAAAAAUGACACAUUUUGAAUAUUGUAUGAAAGAUGUGGAUGUAUGGAAAAGAGAAAAAAUUGCACAAUCAAAGAUUCAUCCCCAUGACAGCAUCUCUAAUGUUUCACACAAGUCAAGGAGCUCAAAAACCUCUUCAGUCUCCUCAGCAUGUAGAAGAGCGUCUGCUGAAAAGGCUGCCCUGCUAGCCAGAGCAGCUGGAUUAAAGGGCAAACAUGCACUGCUAUUACAACUGGAACAAAUGGAACUGGACACAGAAAUUGCAGCAUCUGCUGCUAAAAUAAAGGUUCUGCAAAGCAUUGACGUGGAGGAAAAAAUGGAGGAUCAAAUUCAAGAUGGAAUGAAUGCUUAUCUGGAGGAAAGCAAAGAAAAAAGCACAGACACUUUGGAUCCUGAAAUCUCAGCCAUGGAGUUCAUGCCAUUGGGUGCAGUGCCUAAAACACCACUUCAGAGGACUGUCAUUAAUCUUCGCAGCCCUCAGCAACCCACAAUACAGUUUAGACCUUUCAAAACGCCCACAAUGCAUAGCUCCACCCAACGCAAUGAAACCCAUGAUAACCUGGACACUGUUAUACAGAGACAGAGAGAUAUUGCUGACCUCAUCAUUAUGCAGCAGAAACUUACCUUGUUACCAACAAUGGAGAUAAAAGUGUUUGAUGGUGAUCCACUUGAAUAUCAGUCCUUUAUGCGAGCUUUCGAACACCUUAUUGAGGAUAAAACAGCUAGCAGUCAUGACAGGCUCUACUUUCUCGACCAGUACACUUCCGGCCAGCCCAAAGAUCUCGUUCGCAGCUGCCUGCAUAUGGAUACCCAAAGAGGUUACACAGAAGCCAAAAAGCUAUUAAAGGAGCACUUUGGGGACGAGAUCAAAGUAACCAGCGCUUAUUUGGAAAAGGCAAUGAACUGGACAUCAAUUAGACCGGAUGAUGGCAAAGCGCUUCAGGCAUAUGCAAUGUAUUUAAGAGGAUGCUGCAAUGCUAUGCAAGAUUUAAAGUACAUGGAUGAACUAGAUAUUCCUUCCAAUCUAAGAUCAAUAAUAUCUAAACUCCCUUACAAACUGCGAGAAAAAUGGCGGACAGUGGCUUAUGAGAUAUUACAGAGAACAAAGGAGAGAGCUAGAUUUCGUGACCUUGUGGAGCUUAUGGAAAAACAAGCUAAAAUACUCCUGGACCCAUUAUUUGGGGAUAUACAGGAUCGCCACAUCUCUAGCCCAAGGAUGGCCACUAGGAGCCAACCCAUGAGCCACAGAACACCUAAAAGUAGAGGCAGCAGCUUCACCACCAUCAUCGCAGCAGCAUGUGAUCAGGAGAGCAGCGUGGCACCUUCAAACAGCCACAAGGGGGCAGUCCUGCCUCUUCUUGCUACUUUUGUAAAGGCAAGCACGUGCUGACUGAUUGCCAUCAGUUCAAACAUCAUCCACACAAGGAAAAGGUUGACUUUUUGAAGAUUAAUGGUUAUUGUUUUGGAUGUUUGAUGAGGGGUCAUAUGAGCAGGAACUGUAGGAAAGGGCUGACAUGUCAAAAGUGUCAAAAGAGCCACCCAACAAUACUUCACAUUGACAGUCCACUUCUACAAAAGCCUCCCCCUACUGAAACAAAAGGAGCUUGGGUCAACAGUGUACUUGUCUCGGCUGGUGAAGCUACUGGGGCCGGUAGGGAUUGUGCCCUAGCCAUAGUGCCUGUUCGAGUCAAGGUUCACAAAGGAGAUAGUUUAUCUCAACCUAUGCUUUUCUUGAUCCCGGCAGUUCAGCGUCAUUCUGCACAGAGAAUCUAAUGAGACAGCUGAAUCCCAAAGCACGAAAAACGACAGUCGUUCUACGAACAAUGGGUCAGGAACGACUUGUAAAGAGUUACGAACUCAAAGGAUUGGAGAUAGGACAUUUAGAUGGCAGUACUUACAUUGACCUACCUCAGGUGUACACACAGAGUAAGAUUCCUGUCUCAAAAGAAAAUGUACCUAUCCAAAAGGAUCUGGAAAGAUGGCCUUAUCUAAGUGACAUACAGCUGAAAGAAAUUGAUGCUGACAUAGAGCUUCUAAUAGGAGUUGAUGUUCCCAAGGCAAUGGAACCUUGGGACAUAAUAAGAAGUCAAGGAAAUGGGCAUAUGCAGUCAGGACAGUGUUUGGAUGGGUGGUAAAUGGACCACUUAACGCUUGUACUGCUGUGGAAUCCGGACCUGUGGUCACAAUGGUCAACAGAAUAUCAGUAGCCAACCUGAAUGAUCUCAUCACACAAUACAAUCAGGACUUCUCGGAAAAAGAUUAUGAAGAGAAGAAGGAAAUGUCAGGUGAAGACAAAAGGUUCAUGGAGAUAGCAUCAAGCUCAGUAGAACUCAAGGAUGGACAUUAUCACCUACCCUUGCCUUUUUGAAAAAAGGACAUAGUUAUGCCUGACAACUACGAAAUGGUAAAACAACGUACUCUAAAUCUCCUAAAGAGGUUUAAGAGGGAUGCAGAACUUCAUCACUUCUGUGACGCAAGCGAAAAAGGUUACGGCACCACCAGCUAUCUUCGCUUUACAAACAGUAUGGGAAGGGUCCAUGUUUCAUUUAUUUUGGGAAAAUCCAGAGUGACUCCACUCAAACAGAUCACUAUUCCCAGAUUGGAGCUUACUGCAGCAACACUUGCAGUAAAGGUGGACAGGAUGUUGAAAAGGGAGCUUAAAGUGGACCUCAACGACUCAACCUUCUGGACAGAUAGCACCUCUGUCCUCGGAUACAUCAGCAACCAGACUAAACGAUAUCACACAUUUGUGGCAAACAGAGUUUCAGUGAUCAAGGACCUGUCUCAGGAGAAGCAGUGGAGGCAUGUGAGCUCCAUAGACAACCCU